UUUGCUUCGACACAGAGAAUGGACCCCUCCAACCCCCCGGCCCUCCGUGUUUGACGCCAUGCGACGUGGCCCCCUGUUCUCCAGCGCUGGACCGUUGGAACGUUCCGCCUCUUGGGCACUGCCAGAGCCGUCGCUCUUUCAGCCUGGUGGUGGACCCACCAUAGCCCACACGAUCGAGGUGAGCAAGCGUCCGGAAGACCUUCGCUUGGUCUCGGCUGCAGCUGCUGGAGACCUAUCAGCAGUAGAGACGGCAUUGCAUCAUGCAGCUUUAGAAGCGCAUGUCCGAUUGCCAGGAUUUUUGAGAGCUACGACUGCACUACAUGCUGCUAGUUCCGCAGGCGCCGUGGACGUUGUGCGUCAUUUGCUUGAAGCUCGUGCUGCUGUAGCAGGUCGUCACGGCCAGUUGCGAGCUUUGACUCCACUACAUGACGCGGCGACUGAAGAGGUGGCGCUCGUUCUCCUAGCGGCUCGUGGGAACCCUUGGGCAAACGACCCAAGGGAACCCGAUCCAGCUUGGUAUCAUGAGCAAAGGAACCGCCAUGCUGUAGCAACACUUAUCCGACAGCGCCGUUCUGAUGCGUCCCCAGUGGCAGGAGACUCCUCUCCUUCCAUGGCAGCGUUGCCCAGGCUUCCUUCACUCCCACUUUCCUCAGCAGAGCUUCAAGCCAUACGCAGAUCGUUCUCAGUGAAAGGUUCGACGAUUUUGCAGCUCUUGCGGCGUUCUCCUGAUGAAGAUGCGGAAAGUGCUGAGUGCUCAAUUUGCAUGAUUGAAAUCACGGCUGAUGAUGAUAUCCUGUCUUUGCCCUGUGGAGGCUCCCAUGGGAAGUCAAGCACAUGUCGCCCGCAUGCGUUUCAUCAGCUUUGUUUGGAGAGAUGGCUGCUGACCAAAGCUGGCGCUUGUCCAAUUUGUCGACACAGCCUCCGGGGCAAGCGGAAGACGCAGAGUGCACCUGCAAGGCAUCGAGAAAUCCAGGAGCUUCCUACACUUCAGCCAUUGCAGCUCCAGCCAUUGCAGCCUUCGGUCAUUGCACCUCAAUUAAGUCGUGUGCCUGUGGCUAAGCCACGCACACGGAGUGCAUAUUCAAGACAUCCUUCGGGACUUCCUUUGCCUGAGAUCGAUGGCCGCUCUUUGCUGCGGUAA